AUGGCUGUCAACAGCAACAUGUUCGAAGCCAGCGUCUCCGCUGAGCCGCAUCAUCACAUGCGCGGGCAAGGCGCCUCCAUCAUGACGCUGCCGCUGAAUCUGAUCGCGCGCAUUGUCUCCUAUAUCGAGGAACCGGCGGACCUUGCCCGCAUGUGCCGGACAUGCCGGGUGCUGAACUACAUGAGCCUCCCCCAGCUGUACCGGAACCUUGUCCUCACGUCGUACGAUCGGAUUCGAUACCGCGACGACCAGCCCGAGGGAUGGGGCGGCGCCAGUCCCUUCUCCAUGGGCCUCAACGCGCUGGUGACGAGGCCGCAUGCGUCCCUGGUCCAGUCCAUGACACUGCGCGGGGAGUGGAAGGAGCACGAGCUGGAGGAGUACGCCAGUGUUGGCCGGGUGCCCGAUUCGUCCAUGAUGCUUAAUAUCGCACUGAGGGCGGCGAUUGAUCGGACGACCAAUCUCGAGAGCUUCAGCUGGGAGCUGAACACGAAGAUGCUCGAAACCGUAUAUAUCGGUCUGUCUCAGCUGCCAAAGCUCACGUCGCUGUCGGUGAGGUUCCCGUCGAGCCGUCAUCCCCGGCCGACAAUCGUCAUUCCACCCAUGCCCCAUCUUCGCUCGCUCAAGGUGACCGACAUCGACCCGCUCUGCUACCCGGAUGACAUAUCCACGCUGCUGGCGCGGAGUCGCAAUCUGCGGGAGUUGAAGAUGCACUGGUCCCCGCGGAUGCGCGAGGCGCAGGAGCCGAGCGUCAUUCUGCACGACUACUUUCGCAAAUGCGUCAAGGAGAGGCCCCUGAAGCUGAAGAGCAUCUCGAUACAGAAUCUCUACGCCCGCAACACCGAAGACUGGUCCGAGGCCAUCGACGAGAGUUCGAUCGAGGAGGUGACUUUCCUCAACAGCCCGGGCUUCGAGGACGCGGCGUCAUCGACCUUCCUGCACAACACCUGGACGAGCCGUCCGCCCAAGGGGGCGGUCAAUUUCAAGUCGAUACGCUAUGACUCCUUGAACAAACAGCUCUGCGAAUUCCUGUCCACGUUUACGGGCCUGGAGAGACUCUACAUUGUCAAUCCGAUUCGUAGCCCCUACGAUCAGCUCAACAGUCCCCGACCGUCGGCCGGGCCGUCGUCGACGACCGUUACGCCGCCACGGAUUGAGAGUGCGACGAGCAUCGCUCCUCCUACGACUACGACUACGGCAUCUGCAAUCGCCGCCGCCCGGGCCGUCUCCCCGGCCUCUCCGCACUCUCCGUCGAACAGCGUCGUCAGUCAGCACAGUCUCUUGCGAGAUUCGUAUUUCAGUACGAUCGUGGGCAACCACGGCGCUACGCUGCGCCAUCUUCUCCUGCCGUCGCGGUGGCCCCUGUCGGCGACCCAGAUCGCCCGUCUGGUACAUGCCUGUCCUAACCUGGAGCAGCUGGCCCUGGCGGCGGAGAUCACGGCCUUGGAGGCGGCGCGACUUCUCCUUCCUUUCCUCCGCAAGCUGGUCGCCAUCCGCUUUCUCAUUCCUCAGACGACGACCACAGAAAAGCCUGCUUCUUCACAAUCAACCAGUUUCCAGGUAAAUGGCAACAACAACACCUUUUCGACUGCAACAAUCGCCGACAUCGUGGAACUGGACGACCGUAUCCACACGGAGAAGAUGAGCGCCGUCCUGGCCGAUAAGGAGACAUGCGGUAGACUGAAAGUCGUCGGCCUGGGCUGGAAGGGGUGGGAGCUGGGCGAGUUUUAUACGAUACCGGCGGAGACAGUGGCGGUCGAUAGCGGGCGAGAUCAAGGCCAUGCUGUUGCAAACGGAAGCAACAGUAACAAGAGUCUUCCAACAGGAGAAACUCAACAAGGCCAAGGGCAAGGCCAUGUCAAAGAGCCUACCACCACCACCACCUUCCCAACAAAAUCAUGUCUAGGAAAACGUCCCCGCGAACCUUCAUCACCAGCACCAGCAUCACCAUCCCCAUCAACACCCAUUCCUACAGAGGCCCAGCAGAAUACCAACAACAAGACCACCACCACCACCACCAACAACAAUAACACUCGCACCACCCCACCAAAUCCCACUCCCAAUCCAAAUCCCAUCCGCCUCAACAACGAAGACGACAUCACCGAAGUCCUCCCCUCAGGAGAGCGCGUAAUCUGGCGCCGGCGCGUCCGGCGCGUAGGAUGGGACGUGCUCCGGCACUGGGAGAUAUGGGCAUUGGAUUCGCAGGAGAUAUGA